ACCUGCCCGGCUUUUAGCAUGAUGUCUUAUCUCAAACAGCCCCCUUACGGCAUGAACGGGCUGGGGCUGACGGGCCCCGCCAUGGACCUGCUGCAUCCCUCCGUGGGCUACCCGGCCACGCCGCGGAAGCAGCGGCGGGAGCGCACCACCUUCACCCGCUCGCAGCUGGACGUGCUGGAGGCCCUCUUCGCCAAGACCCGCUACCCCGACAUCUUCAUGCGCGAGGAGGUGGCCCUCAAGAUCAACCUGCCCGAGUCGCGCGUCCAGGUCUGGUUCAAGAACCGCCGGGCCAAGUGCCGGCAGCAGCAGCAGAGCGGCGGCGGCGGGGCCAAGAGCCGCCCGGCCAAGAAGAAGUCGUCGCCGGCGCGCGAGAGCUCGGGCUCGGAGAGCAGCGGGCAGUUCACGCCGCCGGCGGCCUCCAGCUCGGCCUCCUCGUCCUCCUCCUCGUCCUCCUCCGCCGGCUCCAACGCGGCGGGCGCCGGGGCGGCGCUGGGCGCCCCGGCGGGCGCCGCCGCCGCCUCGCUCAGCACCCCGGCCUCGUCCAUCUGGAGCCCGGCCUCCAUCUCGCCGGGCUCGGCGCCCUCGGCGGUGACAGUCCCCGAGCCCCUGCCGCCCGGCGGCGCCUCCUGCAUGCAGCGCUCGGUGGCCGGCGCCUCCUCGGCCACCUACCCGGUCUCCUACGGCCAAGGCGGGGGCUACGGGCAAGGCUACGCGGCGCCGCCCUCCUCCUCCUACUUCGGCGGCAUGGAUUGCGGCUCCUACCUGGCGCCCAUGCACUCCCACCACCACCCGCACCAGCUGAGCCCCAUGGGGCCCUCCUCCAUGCCGGGCCACCACCACCACCACCACCACCACCCGCUGAGCCAGAGCUCGGGCCACCACCACCACCACCACCACCACCACCACCACCAGGGCUACGGCGGCGCCGGCCUGCCCUUCAACUCCUCCGACUGCCUGGACUACAAGGAGCCCGCUGCCGCCGCCGCCGCCGCCUCCUGGAAACUCAACUUCAACUCCCCCGACUGCCUCGACUACAAGGACCAGGCGUCCUGGCGCUUCCAGGUCUUGUGA